UAUUCACUAAAAUUUAAUGUCAUUACCAUCUUAAUUAAUCAAUUAAUUAAUUUCAUUAUUUAAGUUUCCUUUAAUGAUCAUCAAUUUGUAAUAAUUAAUUUUCUAUUGGCUGACCUCUCUCUCUAUUCAUGACUUACCCUUUUGUAAGCAAUAAACAUUUCACAUGCUCUUGUUUCUCUCUCAUCAUUUUCUUUCUCUCUCAUCAUUCUCUGUUUUUUUUUUUUUUUUUUUUUUUUUGUUUUGGGGGAUUGAAUUCAGAGAAUUAAGUCAGACUCAUUGUUGAUUUUGUUGCAGAUUAUGAACAUCUGGUACAAACCCACUUUCUGAAAGUGUAAAAAGUUUGCAACUUCGUUGUUUUACUUUUGUCUUCUCACUCAACUUCAACUACUUUUUUCCUGCAGUUGAAUUUUCACAAGACAGGAAAAAAAAAAAAAAAAAAAGAAACAGAAUUACAAAUAUGGAUGUUCUGCCUUUAUCAGUCUUCUUGUUAUCUGAUCAUCAAUAAAUUAUGACCCAGAUUGUCAGAACCAGUAAUUAGUGUAGAAAAAUCUGUUUCCUGGAUUCUUCAUUUCAGAAGAAAAAGAAUGGGCAAAUAUGGAUUCUUGUUCAGAUCAGUCAUCUUCUUUGGGUUGUGUUCGUUACAUGUUUAUAGCGAGCCAUGGGAAGACAAGCAAGCCUUGCUUGAUUUCCUACAAAAUACUUCGCAUUUGCGGUAUCUGAACUGGGAUCAGAACACUCCCUUGUGCACUAGUUGGACUGGUGUGACUUGUGAUGAUCGUCAAACGGGGGUUAUUGCUCUCAGACUACCGGGGGUCGGAAUCCGAGGCUCUAUACCUCCUAACACUCUUAGCCGUCUUUCUUUCCUUCAAACACUUAGCCUUAGAAACAAUGGGAUUUCAGGUGUUUUUCCAUCUGAUUUUUCUAGGUUGAGUAACUUGACUUCUUUGUACCUACAGUCCAACAGGUUUUCUGGUCCCCUACCUUUGAAUUUAUCUGCUUGGCAUAAUCUUGUGGUACUAAAUUUAUCCAAUAAUAACUUCAAUGGAAGUAUUCCUCUUUCGCUCUCGAAUUUAACCCAGCUUACAACUCUUGAUCUUUCAAGCAACUCAUAUUCUGGUCAAAUUCCUGAUUUGGGGAUCCCAAGUUUGAGGUUUCUCAACUUUUCCAACAACCAUUUGAAUGGGAGUAUUCCUAAUUCUCUUCUGAGAUUUCCGAGCUCAUCAUUUUCGGGCAAUAAUAUUACCUCGAGGGUGGUUGCUAUUCCUCCGAUACCAUCAUCUGCUCCGCCUGACAGUUCAGUUCACAAGGCCAAGAAGAUCAGUGAGACAGCAUUGUUGGGAAUAAUCAUUGGUGGUGCUGCAGUCUUGUUUGUUAUGAUUGCAGUUUGCAUGAUUGUUUUGUGGUCGAGCAAAAAAAGCAAGCAGCAAGACAAUGAUGCAGAGGCACAAAAGAUGGAGAAAUUCUACUCAAAGAAGAAAAGGUUGCCUACAGAAAGCCGAGAAGAGAAGAACGCGAGGAUCACAUUUUUUGAAGGCUCUAACAUGGCAUUUGACUUGGAGGAUCUUUUCAGGGCUUCAGCAGAGGUUCUCGGCAAAGGCAUGUUUGGAACAACGUACAAGGCCGCCCUAGAGGAUUCUAACACCGUGGUAGUGAAGAGGCUCAAGGAAGUGAGUGUGGGAAAGCGAGAGUACGAGCAGCAGAUGGAGAUUGUUGGUAAUAUUAAGCAUGAGAAUGUGGCUGCUCUCAGGGCAUACUAUUAUUCCAAAGAUGAGAACCUCAUGGUUUAUGAUUAUUUCAGACAUGGCAGCUUAUCAACAAUGUUACAUGGGAAAAAAGAAAAUCGAUUGCCAUUGGAUUGGGAAACCCGGCUAAAAAUCGCCAUAGGUGCAGCAAGAGGCCUUGCUCACAUCCAUUCUCAAAAUGGUGGAAAACUAGUCCAUGGAAACAUAAAGUCCUCAAACAUUUUCCUCAACUCUCAAAACUAUGGUUGUGUAUCGGACCUUGGUUUAGCAACCAUAGUCACACCCACAGUCCCACCAAUCCAACGAAUUAUAGGGUACCGGGCUCCAGAAAUCACAGAUUCUCGGAAAGCAACUCAAUUGUCCGAUGUCUAUAGCUUCGGAGUCCUGAUACUAGAACUCCUCACAGGAAAAACUCCCCUAGGAGAAGGUACACACCUAGUAAAAUGGGUGUAUUCUGUGGUUAGAGAAGAGUGGACAGCAGAAGUGUUUGAUGUAGAGCUAUUAAAAUUUCCUAACAUAGAGGAAGAGAUGGUGACAAUGCUACAACUAGGUAUGGCUUGCACUGAGAGAGUCCCGGAGAAACGGCCAAAGAUGUCGGAUGUUGUCAAAAUGGUGGAGGACAUACGGCGAGAAAGCACCGACACCCACCCAUCAUCAGAAGUUUCAACUCCAACACCAACAGGCCUUUCACAUACAGGAGAAACAGGAUCAUCUACCUAUGUAACCCCACAAUAAGAUUGCUUGUGUUAGUAAUUAAAUUUAGUUGUUACAAAUAUUUGUGGAUUUUUCUUUUUUGGAAAUCAUAAUUUUUGCUUACAAAUUGAGGCACAUGGUCUAGAUUAUUAUUAUGUCCAUUAUUUACUCUCUAUUUUUUUAAGGAGAAAGUGGGAUGAAAGUAGUUUACCGACCAAAGCCAGCCAAUUGUUAGCUAAGAGCAUUAUUUCCCUCCAAGAUUCUUAGCAAAAUGUAAACGGCCCAAGUCAAUUAUAUAGCUACCUUCUUUCCUGGUUUUGGAUC